GGAUAGGAUAGGACGGCCUGCAGCAGAGAGCUAGUCACAUCGGGCAUCAGAUCCUGUCCUGCAACGAAUUCCAGUGCAACGAAAUGCAAAUAAACGAAAGCAUGGCGCCCAAGUAGAACAUUCCACCAGCGCCCGACAGCAAGCCAACAAGCUCCAGCUCCUGUUUCUCUCUCAAACUAUUUCCACCUCGAAUCCGAUAGAGGCGACGGGCAAAAUCCGGUAUGACGGAGCAGAAGAACCAGGUGACGCGGGCUGCUCCGGAGCAAAGCAAUGACUACCGGGUGGUGGUCUUUGGAGCCGGCGGUGUGGGCAAGAGUUCGCUGGUGCUGCGCUUCAUCAAAGGCACCUUUCGCGAGAGCUACAUCCCGACCAUCGAGGACACCUACAGACAGGUCAUUAGCUGCAACAAGAACAUCUGCACGCUGCAAAUCACGGACACCACGGGCUCGCACCAAUUUCCGGCCAUGCAAAGGCUGUCCAUCUCGAAGGGACACGCCUUCAUCCUGGUCUACUCGGUGUGCUCUAAGCAGAGUCUGGAGGAGCUGCGACCCAUUUGGGCGCUCAUCAAGGAGCUGAAGGGAGCCGACAUCCCAAACAUUCCUGUUAUGCUGGUGGGCAACAAGUGUGAUGAGACCGCCGAGUUGCGAGAGGUCUCCCAGGCCGAGGGUCAGGCGCAGGCUACCACUUGGAGCAUAUCCUUUAUGGAGACGUCGGCCAAGACGAAUCACAACGUAACCGAGUUGUUCCAGGAGCUGCUCAAUAUGGAGAAGACGCGCACCGUCUCCCUGCAGCUGGACACCAAGAAGCAGAAGAAGCAGAAGAAGGAGAAGAAGUCCAAGGACACAAACGGCUCCAUUCCGGAGAACGGGGACGCGGGGGCCAGUGCCAGUGGAGGGGCCAAGGAAAAGUGUCGCGUUAUGUAAGCAUCGGAUGGCUGGAUGGCAGGAUGACAGGAAAGGAAAGGAUGGUAUGUGACCCGGGUCACAUUGCAUCGGGCAAAUGGAGACGGUGACAGACAAAUACUCGCCUUGGGGCAGCAGCGUGGGUUGGAUGCUCGUUUGGGGUAGCU